AGAAAGCGGCCAGGGCCGGGAGCCGCCGGGCAGGGCUCGGGAGAGCGGAGAGCAGACGAAAAAGGAUCCUUGCUACUGAGAGUCUGGUUUGGGAGUUGUUGGGUGAAAUGAGAAAUGAGAAAAUGCUCACCAAGGAAAAGAACACUGGACCAAAGGAGGCCCGGCCAUGAGGUCCCAGCCCCAUAGGAGCCCCGGUGCCCCCCUGGUCCCCCGCGCACCUUGCUAGCCCCCAGCCAGGGCGUGGGCAGGCGUGGAGGCCAUGGCCAGCCACGUGGACCUGCUGACGGAGCUGCAGCUGCUGGAGAAGGUACCGACGCUGGAGAGGCUGAGGGCUGCCCAGAAACGCCGGGCCCAGCAGCUGAAGAAGUGGGCACAGUAUGAGCAAGACCUGCAGCAUCGCAAGCGCAAGCAUGAGCGGAAGCGCAGCACAGGUGGCCGGAGAAAGAAGGUGUCCUUCGAGGCCAGUGUGGCCCUGCUGGAGGCGUCACUGAGGAACGACGCAGAGGAAGUACGCUACUUCCUGAAGAAUAAGGUCAGCCCUGAUUUAUGCAAUGAAGAUGGUCUCACAGCCCUCCACCAGUGCUGCAUUGACAACUUUGAGGAAAUCGUCAAGCUGCUCCUUUCCCAUGGUGCCAAUGUGAAUGCCAAGGACAACGAGCUCUGGACUCCCCUACAUGCCGCGGCCACCUGCGGGCACAUCAACCUGGUGAAAAUCCUCGUCCAGUAUGGGGCCGACCUGCUGGCUGUCAACUCUGAUGGGAACAUGCCCUAUGACCUCUGCGAGGACGAGCCCACCCUGGACGUCAUCGAGACUUGCAUGGCAUACCAGGGCAUCACCCAGGAGAAAAUCAAUGAGAUGCGGGCGGCUCCCGAGCAACAGAUGAUCACUGACAUCCACUGUAUGAUUGCUGCUGGCCAGGACCUUGACUGGAUGGAUGCCCAGGGCGCUACACUGCUGCACAUCGCGGGAGCUAAUGGAUACCUCCGGGCAGCCGAGCUCCUUCUGGACCAUGGAGUGCACGUGGACGUAAAGGACUGGGAUGGCUGGGAGCCCCUGCAUGCAGCUGCCUUCUGGGGACAGAUGCAGAUGGCAGAGCUGUUGGUGUCCCAUGGAGCCAGUCUCAGUGCUAGAACAUCUAUGGAUGAGAUGCCAAUUGACUUGUGUGAGGAGGAGGAAUUCAAGGUCCUGCUGCUGGAGCUAAAACACAAGCAUGACGUGAUCAUGAAAUCCCAGCUGAGGCACAAGUCAUCCUUGAGCCGGAGGACGUCCAGCGCGGGCAGCCGUGGGAAGGUGGUGCGUAGAGCCAGCCUGUCAGACAGAACCAACCUGUACAGGAAGGAGUAUGAAGGAGAGGCCAUACUGUGGCAGCAGCGGAGCGCAGCAGAGGAGCAGCGGACUUCCACCUACAAUGGGGACAUCAGGGAGACCAGGACAGACCAAGAGAAUAAAGACCCAAACCCCAGGCUGGAGAAGCCCGUGCUGCUGUCUGAAUUCUCUACCAAGAUCCCCCGAAGUGAAAUGGACAUGCCCGUUGAGAAUGGCCUCAGGGCUCCUGUCAGCGCCUACCAAUAUGCACUGUCCAACGGGGAUGUCUGGAAAGUGCAUGAGGUGCCCGACUACAACAUGGCCUAUGGCAACCCUGGUGUGGCUGAGGCCACCCCACCCUGGAGUGGUGGCUACAAGGAACAGAGUCCUCAGACGCUUCUGGAGCUGAAGCGGCAGCGGGCUGCAGCCAAGCUGCUCAGCCAUCCCUUCCUGAGCACCCACCUGGGCAGCAGCAUGGCCAGGACGGGCGAGGGCAGCAGCGAAGGCAAGGCCCCCUUGAUCGGAGGCAGAACUUCACCAUACAGCAGCAACGGGAGCUCAGUGUACUACACAGUCACCAGCGGAGACCCACCGCUCUUGAAGUUCAAGGCCCCCAUGGAGGAGAUGGAGGAGAAGGUCCACGGCUGCUGUCGCAUCUCCUAGUCUCUGUUUGAUGGAGGAGAGAGAUGCUUCAGGGAAGGGGUCCAGGCCAGCCCAGCAGCCCUAACUAGGGAGGCAUCAUGGGGCAGCUGGGGGAAAGGUGGGUUCUGCUUUACAGAGGAAUGCUGACCCCACCUCUUACCCAGCUGCCCAUAGCUUCACUACUUUCCAUGGUUCUGCUUCCUGCUGCGUUGUCUGCCAUCAGAAAUCAGGCCUGCAGUGGCUUCUUGACUUAGCCUGCUCACAGGUUCUGGAAGGGCUGGCUGGGAGUCCAGUUCUACCAUCAGAAAGGCUUCUCUGGACCAGCACGUGCAUGUCACAUAUUAAUUAUCACACACAUUCAAUCAACAUGUGUAGGGAUGACACAGCUGGGCUCGUGGGAAGCAGAUGGGACUGGGGACUUGGAGGCUCUUCCUGAGAGUGGGGAGGUAAAGUCUCAAGUGAUUUGUCACUACUACCAGUGUGGCUUUAGGAAGAGGGGAGAGGGCCUGCUCAGUUGAGACCCAGAGUCCUACCUACCCGUUACCAUCCACAUCUGGCGGGAACAGGAGGAGAAGUGCUGCUGUAUUCAGAGGGAGCCAUGAGCCCACUUGGCUUAAACGAGAGAGGUUCAGGUCUGCUUCCUACAGAUGUGCCCAGGUCAGAAGCCAGUUGUGUGAGCAUACUGGGGCCAAGGUGGGAACAAAAUUAUUGAAUUCCUGGAAUCAUCUAAACCACUUGUUGCUUUCAAAUGGAAAUAUCCAAACAUGGAGAGGAGGGAGAACAAAGUUAGCACUGCCAAAAGUGCUAUUUUAUUUAUUUUUUUUUUGGAAGCUACAAAGCUCCAGGCAGGAGGGAGCUGCUUUUGCUCACUUGCACUAGUGAUAGUUUGAUCACUGGGUUUCACAGAUGUGUGUUAGAAAAAAAUCAAACCCAGUGAAGAGCUUCAGUUGCAAGGGCUUGUCAAAGUUGAGGGUUGAGUUCCUGUUGUCAAUUUCUGCUAACAUCUCUGGUCACCAUGAUAGAGCCCAGUGCCAUGAUCUCUGUGAAUAUUGACUGUUUCUAUCCAGCCUUUCUCAACCAGCCCUCCUCAGACUGAGCCAUCAGAGUGGGCAGUGAGGGGCUGCUGCCUCCACCCCCUUCUAGAGUGAAAUGUGAGGGCUCUAGACCCAGCUUUGCCUUUUCUGGAAUGUUUGGUGAGACAAGUUUGCCAUUUGGUCCUUGUGAAUUCCUCUCUGACCCCAGAUCUCCUGGUUAACUCCCUGCUCUUCACUCAGGAGAGAUGUGCUGGGGCUGGAGUUGGGUAUCACCCCAGCCCUCCAUAACCCCAUAGCCCCAGCCUCCCUGAUGUUGGGGAGGGAGGGUUAUGAGGGACAGGCUGCCUUACCUGCUGCCUCUCAUGAGCCCUUUAGUAUUGCUGUCCAUGAGGAGGUGCAGUCCACAGGCCCAGCCUAAGCCCAUAGGUGUAACUAACAAACUGCAGGCUAGUUCCCUGCACUGUGCGCCUUUAUAUUUGUCCUAAAACUACCUCCUUAGGGCUUAGAAGUGGCUCACUAGGUCCAGAUCCUAGAAUUUGGGGGGACAAAUCUGUGUUCCCUCGAGCCCUCCUCUUUCUGAGCCUAUGAGACAUUCUCCAUGAGAGGCAUCUUGAUCAGGAGGCUGAAGCUGGAGGAGCCCCCUGCCUCCUUAUUCCAGGUCCUGAGCAAUGGGCACUGCUAGUUGUCAGUCCCUGUCUGGCACUGUGCCCUCCUUGGCCUCCAUAACCCGGCAAGGGAGCUGGACCCCAAGGGGCCUGAUGUUUUACCAGGAGCAGGGCAUUUGGCUUGCAUUCGGGGGGGGGGGGUCAAGGCAUCACACUCCUGGUAGCUCUCAGAUACAGGGAGAGUCACAGCACCAGGCCACCCCCUUGCCCCAGCUCCAGGACAUAUCCAGCCUAGGGUAGAGGGGCAGUUCAGGAGACUGAAAACUGGUGUGCCUGACAUCUGCACUGCCCCCUGGGAUUGGGGGCCUGAAUCUCCAUUUUCUCAGCCUAUGGCCAGAGCAGGGCAAGGAUCAUCCAAGACACCUAGGUCUAUGUGGCUUUUAAAUGGCAUUUCAAUCAGAUUGAUUUGAUUCAAUAGUGAGAUUCUUCUUGGACUGAUUAAGCCUGCAAGCUGGAUGAGGGGGGCAUUCUAAGGGAAACCACAAACCCCAAAGAGCUGUUCAGGUUUUCAGAUCUGUUUGCUUAGGGGCCAGAAACUGAAGGUAUUUAUUGCCCCUCUGAGUCCUUCUGGAUUCAUCUCCUUUUCCCCCUUGGGCAUUCUUCUCUUACCCAGAAGGCUGGGAAUCUCAGCAAAUUCCAUGAUAAGAGCCAACUACAGACUCAUGGGCACUAGGUCAUGCUUUCAUUUCAGCUUAAAGCAUCCCCUGUUGGGAUUCCUAGUACCUGGGGGGUCUUUCCCUAUGGGUCUCCUGGUAGUGCCAGGUAAGACUCGAUCCAGGUUCAUUCAUUCAUUCACUUAUGUAAUUCGUUCAGCAGUUGCAACAUAUUAAGUUCUAGGGAUAAAAGAAUGCAAAGAAUUGCUCUUUACCAUUUCCAUCCCUUGAGGACCAUGGGUGUCAGCAUUUAGUUCACCUGAGACAAGCAGGAUGCCUGCAGCCCAGUCCUGCAUUCCUGUGCUUUUCAGCUCCUAGGAUCCCUGCAGGAUGAGUCCCUUAAGAUAGCUAGAAACAGCUGUCAUGGUCACCCCUGGAUAACAAUUUGCUACUAACUAGAGAUGCUGGAUUUCGGGUUAUAGGUAACACCUUCUCAAGUCCAUCUGGAACUUCGAGGGCUAGCUGCCUUCAAACCAGAAUCUUUGGGCCAUUGUAUAAUAGUACAAGGUGAGUGUCUAGAAAAAUAAGGAGUCUGGAAUUUCCUGCCAAAUGCAUCUCAGGUUCUUAAACUCAGCGUGUCUUACUCAUUUAUAUCUUACUCAUUGUGUCUUACUCAGCCCCACUAAUGGCUGAUGGGAAGAAAGGAGCUUUUGUUUAGCAAGGAAGCUUUUCUAUAUGAAUCUGCUUCUCUCCUGAUGUGUAGAUUAAGGAGCUAGGAGAAAGCUGGCAAGUGCCACCCAGUGCCCUGUUUCUGCCGGGACCCUGGUUCUGUCCCAGAUUCAAGGAGUCUACUUGCAAAGCAAGUACCACCCAGAUCCCUGAACUCUGGUUCUUGCUCCCAUCCUAUGCCCCAAACAGUUGAAAGUCAGUAUCCAUCACCUGCUAGUGAGUUUCUGACAGUAGCUCAGGGAAACAGAAUGAAUUCUAGACCCAUGCCAUUGAAGACAGCAGGAUGUAAUUCUUCAUUAAAUAAGUAGCUUUGGCAAAACUGCUCCACACUGUUUGGUCAGUUUCACUGGGCUUGGAAAAGUUUACAAGGGUGUCCCCCCUGUGCUACCCCACUGCACUUGACUGGCUUUGUAAUAACAUGAGACCAUUUUGGUGACUGGCAUCAGAUACCUUCUGAUCUUGACCUCUGUCUCCCAUCUGUUUCCCAGAGCAGGAUAGUGGGGGCACUUUUCUGAAAGGCACUCCUUCUGGAAGAUACUUAGAAGGACUACAUAGGACUUUUGCUACUAGAGCCUGGGGACAGUCUCCCCUCUCCCACAUAAGAACAAAGAAUCAUGUGGUCAGUGGAACUAAGUCAUACAGGUGACCCCUUUAGUCUGAAGCAGUAGCCCUCUCUUCCACAAGAAUCUCUCAUUAGCCAGAGGGCAGGCUUCUUUCUCAUGGGCAUUAUAAGUGCCGGUGUGGAGGGGCCUGGCUCUGUGCACCUGGGAAAAGUCUGCGGACCCCCCCCAGCCUUCCGCAAUAAUUCACCAAACCAGAAGCCACUGAUGUACAGAGAAUACUUAUGAAAAAUGUAUUUUAUGUGAAAAAAGUUAAAAUUCUGUAUACUGUAUCAGCAGCUUUGUGUAAAAAUGGCAAUCAAGAGAGUCUAAUAUAUUUAAAAAAACUUUUUAAAAAAAGAAACAAAAACAAAAAACUCCUCAUGGAUCUUUAAUAUUGGAUUGAAGUAACUUCCAGGUCGCUCCUCACCAUGCAGCAGUGGUGGGCCUCUUGUCAAGACCCUGGCUUGCCCAUAUCCCAAAGGGACAUGCCCCUGGAGUUGCUUCCAGCUGCCAAGGCCUGUGAUGGAAUUCGCUGUUAAGAGUUUUUAAUUCAGAUUAUUAAAAUCCUUUUAAUAACA